AUGGACCAGGUGGACCACUGGGUCGUGAGCGUCCCUCUGGUGGACGAGCCUGAGGCGGACGUGUACAGCGAGUACAACGCGGCUUACGACCCGGACGACCCGUGGGCGGCGCGGAGGGCCGGACUCGCUGACCACUGGAACGGCAUGCCGAGCCCGAACCUCACCGACUUCGAGGUACUAGAAGAGGCGAGUUCUCGACAGGUCACCAUGACUGCUGCCGUGUUCAAGAAGAAGGCCCCCGCGGCCGUCGCGGGAUUUCGCUUCCCGCAAGGGACGCUCCAGUUUUUCUUUGAAAGGAUCGUCGGAACUCUUGACUGUCCCGGAACCACGGAGCGUUGCGGCGACACGUGCGCCUCCGAGGAGCUGGACUGCUUCCUGGUCGACGAGCACGGCGUCGUGGUCGCGGACGAGACGGGCCUUCAGGCCGGACGCCGGCUGUCCGUCGUCAACGAGGACCUCAUGGUGCGCCUCGAGGCGGCCAAAGUGUUCCAGCGCGUCACCGUGUCCGACUACCAGGGCGUGUGUCGCCGCGCAGCCAAGUCGGCCGCCAGGUCAACCUCAGCUGCCCGGGCUCUGCUGCCGCCCGCGAGACCCCACUGGUUGGGGGCGGGGGCCGUCCUGGCCGCCCUCUGGUGGCGACAGCAGCAGCUGCAGCAGCAUGCCCUGGGCUUCAGCCUCGCUCCGGCCGCCGCCUGGCUCCUCGGCGCGCAGGGGGUCGCGGGCAUCAAGCUCAACGACGCAACCACCACUCCGGACCUCCUGGAAGCCCUGAAGCCUCUGCGGGUCAACAAGACCACCCUCCAGCUGUGUAGCGUGAAGGUGGACCUGCACCGCCUCGGCCCCGGCCUGCGCCACCGUCAGUCGUCGCCCCUCAGCUGCGAGAAGAGGUCGUUCGCCGCGGCCGCCGUCCCCGGCACCAACUUGGUGCUGUUGACGGCGCUCAACAACUGCCCCCAGCUGGAACAACUCGAGCCGUUCGCGACAGAGCCCUGGGAGGCCACGUCGCGCAAGGGAGAGCCCGUGUUCAGGAAGCAGGGUUUGCUGUGGCCCCGCCGCCGGCCCCCCACGGCCUGCUACCGCGAGCACGUCGGCGAGCGCAACAUCACCCAGUGCGGAGGCGCGCACCGGGACCGCGCGCUGCACCUCGCCGUCCUGGCAGCCCUGGCCGCGCUCCCGCUGCUCGCGGCGUCGGCCUGAGCGCGCGACCCGUUGCCUUUAAGACUGAUGGAAAGGUCACAACGGUUUAGUUGGAAGGCCCCCUAACUAGAUCUCGUGCUGAGCACAAUUCCGAGCACGUUGUGAUCACAACAACUGGCGUUAUUGGGUAGGCAUGGGUGGACUCAAUGGUAGACUAGACAGUUGAGUGUUGGCAGUGCAUAUACUAUAGCCAACUAUAAGACAUCAACUACCCCCACUCUACCAAUGAGGAUGUCUGACGUUGUCGCCUCGGGCUACAGACCACUCAUAGCGCUUGCAACGCGUGGGGUAGGCCAUCCCGCCAAACAUCUGUGUAGAGCCAGUGGCCCGCUCUGUGAGCGUCUCGGGCUACACACUUACACUUACAUCUCAAUUAAAACUAGCGUUCUAAAACUAGUCAAUUUCAACAUUUCUUCACUUUGAUUUCUUUCUUUCUUUAUUUAUUUAUUCAUUUGUUGUUGUAAUUUAAUGAUUGAAGUAUGUUUUCUCUUUGUAAGUACCUAUAAUGUAAAUAAAUUUGAA